AUGGCUUCCAGUACGCAUAUUCCGCACCUCCAGCAAUAUGGAAGCACCAAACAGCUCAUCGUCAACGGCAAGCCGUAUCUUAUGCUGGGAGGGGAGCUCCAGAAUUCGUCGUUAUCAUCGGCAGAGUUCAUGAGCGAGGUGUGGCCCAAGAUGGUUGCGACGAAUGUGAACACGCUCCUUGGGUCCGUCAGCUGGGAAAUGAUUGAGCCUGAAGAAGAGAGGUUUGACUUUGAAGAGUUGGAUAAAGUUAUUUUGGGUGCUCGUGAGCAUGGCUUGCACUUGAUUUUGCUAUGGUUUGGAUCGUUCAAGAAUGGAAGAUCUACUUAUGCGCCAGCCUGGAUCAAGACAAAUCCGGAGCGGUUCCCACGCGCAGAGCUGCGGAAAGCUGGAGGCAUGAUAGAGGUUGCGGAUGUGCUUUCGCUGUUUUACGAAGAGAGCAUUGAAGCGGAUGCAAAGGCAUUUCGAAAGCUGCUUGCACAUAUCAAAGAAUUUGACGAGAAACAUAGUACGGUGUUAAUGGUUCAAGUCGAAAACGAAGUUGGCUUGCUGUUUGACAGUCGGGACGGGAGCGCAAAAGCCAACAGCGUUUUCGCAGAGCCUGUACCUGAAGAUCUCCUCAAAUUUUUGGCAGAGGAGUACGACAAUCUGCAUGCCGAUCUCAGGGCUAACCUCGAGACGUUCGUUGCGCAGUCGAAGCCGCAGUCUGGGAGCUGGGAAGAGGUUUUUGGCAAGAGCAAUAGGACAGACGAGCUUUUCAUGGCAUACCACUAUGCACGUUAUGUGGAUCGGGUAGCAGCAGCAGGCAAAGCAGAGUAUUCAAUUCCGCUUUACACCAACGUGUGGCAAAAUUAUGCAGGCGAGGAUGCUGACAACGAAACUCCUACAGUUGUAGGAGGAGGCGGCCAGCCAGGCGACUACCCUUCUGGAGGCGGAACUACCAACGUCCUCGACAUUUGGCUUCAUUUCGCACCUAAUCUCGAGUUCAUCGCGCCAGACAUUUAUCUCAACGAAUAUACGACCCUGUGCGGCAAGUAUCGACAUGGCAGGAAUGUACUCUUUAUCCCAGAACAACGAAGGGACGAGUACGGUGUCCGACGCAUCUGGAUAGCUUACGGGACAUUUCAAGCUCUGCUAGCGAGUCCGUUCGGUAUUGAUACACUAGAACCUGAAAGCAAUCCUUUUACGAAACACUAUGGAUUACUAGCACAAGUUUCUCAACUCGUUCUCGAAGCGCAAAGAAAACCCGGCUCGUCGGUAGGUUUCUGUUUCGACAAAAUAUCUGGCGAUAAGGAUCUGUCAAAACCCAUUCGACAGCGCUUCGGCGACUGGGAUAUAACCAUUGAGCGUGCUUUUGUGUUUGGGAAACCCGACACGGGCAGUGGCAUGGUGAUUCAUCGUGGCGGCGCGCGCUUCCUCCUCAUCGGAUGGGGCUUCCAGGUUACGGGACAGUCGACCAAAUCUGGGACUAGGUUUAAUGGCAUCUUGAAGAAUGAGGAGAAGGUCGUAGAGGAUGUGGCGACGGGAAAACUGCGGACGCUGAGGACGCUGGGAGGUGAUGAGACGAGGAGCGGAGCUAGUGCGGUGAUGCCGAAUGAAGAUCCUGAUUAUGGAGGAUUUCCCAUUGCGAUUACUAUUCCAGCGCGGACGGGCAUUGCGGAGGUGGAGUUUUAUUCAUUUUAG